AAGACCAGCUCUGGUGUGGCUCUUUCAUCCUUUUCGGACGGAUAUUGACGUGGGCCAAGGCUGGGCUGGAAAGUGUCGGGGCCGACACCGAGCAAGACCCUUUGGCCCUUUGCGCAUCUUGGCUAUCAACCUGCCGCCACCCACCCCAAUACGUUUCGCCUGCCACCACCCUUUUGUCAGUGCACCGGCGCGCGCGCUUGCAUCUCGAGUUGCCAACGCCUGCCACCACUUCAUCGGAUCUGUAUUUCUCCGUUCCCCUGCCUCACAUCUCUCUUGCACGUUCAGGAGGGCUUGGCACUUCUUCCCGGGAAUUCAACGAGCCUGAGCUCCAGCACUGGGCGCCACAGCGCUGCCAUCAUCACACUCGCCAAGCUCAUCGCCGGAUGCCAUCAGCGCCAUGAGUUUCUUCUUCAAGGGCCAGAAAACCUUCAAGCCCAAGAAGAACAUCCCCGAGGGCACCAAGCAGCAUGAUCUCAAGAAAUACGUCGACGCCACCCUUGGCGCUGGCAACCUGCGAGCUGCUGUUCGUCUGCCCGAAGGCGAAGACCUCGAUGAGUGGAUUGCCGUCAACACCGUCGAUUUCUUCAAUCAGAUCAACAUUCUUUACGGGACCAUCACAGAGUUUUGCACCCGCGAAAGCUGUCCCAUCAUGUCUGCCGGCCCAAAAUAUGAGUAUCAAUGGGCCGAUGGUGUCAACGUGAAACGGCCCAUCCGCUGCUCCGCACCAGAGUAUAUUGACUUUUUGAUGACCUGGGUACAAGCCCAGCUCGAUGACGAAUCAAUCUUCCCCUCCAAGAUUGGCGCCCCCUUUCCCAAGGACUUUUUGGUGCUAGUCAAGGCUAUCCUCAAGCGCCUCUACCGUGUCUACGCUCACAUGUACCAUUCUCACUUUAACAAGAUUGUUGCGUUGGGUGAGGAGCCUCACCUAAACACGUCCUUCAAGCACUUUAUCUACUUUGUCAAAGAGUUCAACUUGGUGGAGCCUCGGGAAUUGGCGCCUAUGCAGGAGCUGAUUGAUCGUUUGCUGGAGAAGGACAGGCUUAAGGAGGAACAGGCAGCGGCAACAGAAGAAGCCUAAGCACCCAUGCGCGUGACACGGACUCUGUUUUUUAUGGUGGAUACAAAGGAGAUGCUUCUCCCUGAUUCUCGCAGAGGGAUUCCGAUUAUGUCGGUUGCUGGACGUCAUUGACACUCUCCUCUCCACAUGUGCAGCCUCGCUGAUCUAGUUUUCUCCUGCAUUUUGCUUGGGUUUGGUUUUUUUUUUUUCCUCUUUCAUCUUUUUUCUCGCCCGUCUCUGCUGCCAGUGUUGUGCCUCAGUCGUGGCCGCACACUUGCGCGAUGCUGCGCCAAUCUGCUCUGUACUUGGCCGCGUGAUGGUUGUGUCAUGUGCUUGUUCUCGUUUUAUGUUUUUUUUGUUCUGUUUUGUUUUUGUCGCAUAGAGAUGCAAGACUCGUUUAAGCUUUUUUUUCUCAUUAGCUCCUAUCUUCUCUUGUCUGGUUUCGUCUAUAUUGCUUUUUUCCCCUGCCUGCCACUUUCAACCCUUCUGUCCUGUCCUGACAUUUUCUUUCUGCUCUUAAUCGAACUUUCAACAGCC